UCUGCUUUCACGAUAAUCCACAACGUACAGAACCAACAUGCAAUGAAUGCGAUCAAAUUUGAUGAACUCCCCAGAGAGAAUGAAGAUCCUGUGGGUGUUGGCGGUGAUACCCCUGGUGUGCCUGGGCGCCUCGGUUGAGCACCAACCCGUCCCGGCCUCCCCCCAAGAGGAGACCAAUGCCCAGCCAGCCGACGAUGCCGAAGCGGCAGCGAGGCAGUCGGUCCAGCCAGGUCAACUGCUCAACAACGCCGCCCAAGCCGUGGGGGGUGCGGUGACCAACCUCAUCACUCUCCCUCAGACCAUAUUCGGGAACGUGUUUCAGAGGAACCCGCAAAGAAGGGGAAUCGGCGAGAGAUGCGGGGAGACCGCGGAUUGCCUGCUUGGGACGAAGAACUCCGUCUGCUUCAACGCCACUUGCCUCUGCAACCUGGGAUUCCGAUACAUCAAGGAAUCAAAGACAUGCGAUCCCGUCGAGACGUGCACCAAGUGUCCCAAUGACCACUGCAGCGCCGGGGAGGAUGUCUAUUGCAACGGAACCUGCAUCAAGAACCUGAAGUACGGCAGCGUGGGUCACAACCCAGCCAUGCUGACGAGCCCCCAGUGGCCAGAGAACUACCCGGCCGGCGUGAACGCUUACUACUGCCUCAAGGCCGCCACGGGGAAGCGGGUUAACCUCAAGUUCCUCUGGAUGGACCUGGAGACCAACCGAGGAUACCGUGAUGGAGACUACAUCGUUGUCUACAACGGCUGCGUGGCGAAACCAGAGAACCUGCUCGGCUUCUACCUUGGCGACACCUCAAGCCCCCACGAGUGCGUGACGUCAUCCUGCAACGAGAUGCUGGUCCACUUCCACUCGGACCCGGAGGACGCGGAUAACCCGUACGACCAGCGGUCGGGAUUCAUGGGGCAUUUCGUGGAGGUCUACAACGGCUGCGUGGCGAAACCAGAGAACCUGCUCGGCUUCUACCUUGGCGACACCUCAAGCCCCCACGAGUGCGUGACGUCAUCCUGCAACGAGAUGCUGGUCCACUUCCACUCGGACCCGGAGGACGCGGAUAACCCAUACGACCAGCGGUCGGGAUUCAUGGGGCAUUUCGUGGAGGUGCCGUACGAGUCGGCACCGUGUGCCCCCACCGACCACAAUUGA